AUGCUUGAUCCAGUUGGCUUCGAGGCAGCGUUCUUCAAGACUUCGUCUUUGCUCGUCCCCACCCCAUCCCCGACUCCGUCAGUCUCUCCUAUCCCAACAGUCAUCCCCAACCUCCCUCGCUAUGAGCGAAUUGGCGACACUGGAGGCAAGACACUCUGGGUCGUCUUCGCCAUCAUGCUUCUGUCAACUCUUGCCUUUAUCGCCAUGUCAUGGAGAGUUCCAGUCCAAAAACGCCUCUUCCACGUCAUCACGACUUUGAUCACCACCUUUGCCACCCUCUCCUACUUUGCCAUGGCGACUGGCGACGGAAACUCAUACACACACAUCGUGGUCAAGGAGGCACACAAGUAUGUUCCCGGCACUGUCGAGCAUGUCUUCCGUCAAGUAUUCUGGGCCCGGUACGUCGACUGGAGCAUAACUACACCACUUCUCCUCCUGGACUUGGCUUUCUUGGCUGGUAUGGACGGUGCUAGCAUCCUCGUUGCCAUCGUCGCAGAUCUCAUCAUGGUCUUGACUGGUCUCUUUGCUGCAUAUGGCAAGAACGAUGGUCAGAAAUGGGGGUGGUAUGCCAUGGCUUGCAUUGCCUACCUCGUCAUCGUCUACCAGUUUGUCAUCUCUGGUCGUCGUGCAGCCAUGAGCAAGGACAGCUCCACCUCCAAGCUCUUUGCUUCCAUUGGCGGCUUCACCCUCGUUCUCUGGACUCUGUACCCCAUUGUGUGGGGUAUUGGUGAUGGUGCUCGCAAGUGGAGCGUUGACGCUGAGAUCGUUGCUUACGCCAUCUUGGAUGUCCUUGCCAAGCCCGUCUUUGGUUUCUGGCUCUUGUUCGCACAUGCCAAAAAGGCCACUGCCAUUGAAGGAUUCUGGAGCCACGGUUUGAGCUCUGAAGGUUCCUUGAGAGUUGGAGAUGACGAGUAA